GACGUCGCCGGAUCCGUCAGAACCUCGGCGCUCCCCACGGCCACCGAUCGCCAAUCGAUCAUUCUUGAACCGUACGCGUCGAAUAUACAGUUGAAUUUCGAAUUCGCGUCGCAAUCAAGGUCGACUAUCGUCCGGGCGUGGUAUCCAGGUGACAAACAACCUCCGACAUCGUUACCUUUUCGUUUCGUUUGUACGCUCGACGCGAUGGUGCAACCCACCGACGUACGCAAGCUCCAGGAUGCAGCCAACAGGCUGAGAAUUCACGCCAUCCGGGCUACGGAGGCUUCGAAGAGCGGGCAUCCGACGUCAUGCUCGUCGAUGGCGGAGAUCAUGUCCGUCCUCUUCUUUCAUACCAUGCGGUACAAGGUUUCCGUCCCGAAGGAUCCGAGUAACGACCGAUUCGUAUUGAGCAAGGGACACGCGGCGCCGAUCCUCUACGCCGCCUGGGCGGAGGCCGGACUGUUCCCGACCAGCGAACUGUUGAACCUGCGCAAGUUGGACAGCGACUUGGAAGGUCACCCGACCCCCAGACUGAACUUCGUCGACGUCGGAACCGGCUCGUUGGGACAGGGCGUUUCGGUCGCCGCGGGUAUGGCCUACGUCGGCAAGAACUACGACAAGGCCAACUACAGAGUCUACACCUUGGUCGGGGACGGAGAAUCCGCGGAGGGGUCGAUCUGGGAAGCCCUGAACUUCGCCUCCUAUUACGGACUGGACAAUCUCUGCGUGAUCGUCGACGUGAACCGAUUGGGUCAGACGCAGGCCACAUCCCUCGCCCACAACAUGGAACUUUAUCGCACGCGGCUGGAGGCUUUCGGAUUCAACGCCCUGGUCGUCGACGGACACGACGUCGAGGAACUGGUCAAGGCGUUCCACGAGGCGCAGAACACCCGCGGGCGGCCCACCGCCAUUCUGGCCAAGACUUUCAAAGGUAAGAACUUCCCCGACAUCGAAGAUGCGGACAACUGGCACGGCAAAGCGCUCGGGGACAGAGCCGAGGGCGUCGUACGGCAUUUGACCUCGCUGCUGAAGAAUCCAGGACCCCUAGCUUUGCACCCGCAGAAGCCCCUGGCCGAAGACGCCCCGAGCGUUAAUAUCACCGGCAUAAAGCUGAGCGCGCCGCCGAACUACAAGAUCGGCGAAAUGAUCGCGACGCGCGUCGCCUAUGGGACCGGACUCGCCAAGAUCGCGGCGAACAACGACCGAGUCAUCGCUCUUGACGGUGACAUGAAGAGCUCCACCUUCUCGGAGAAAAUCAAGACCGUGGAUCCGACGAGGUACAUCGAGUGCUUCAUAGCCGAACAGAAUUUAGUCGGCGUCGGGAUCGGCGCCACCUGCCGCGACCGUACCGUCGCCUUCGUCUCCACUUUCGCCACCUUCUUGACCCGCGCCUUCGAUCAGAUCCGCAUGGGUGCGAUAUCCCAGACGAAUUUGAACUUCUGCGGUUCCCACGGCGGUGUCUCGAUCGGAGAGGACGGACCCUCUCAAAUGGGUUUGGAGGACCUAGCGAUGUUCCGUUCGAUUCCCGGUUCCACCGUUUUCUAUCCGAGCGACGCGGUGUCGACGGAACGCGCGGUAGAACUCGCCGCCAACACCAAGGGCAUUUGCUUCAUCCGCACCUCCCGUCCCAACACCCCGGUGAUUUACAAGAACGACGCGGUGUUCGCCGUCGGCAAGGCCAACGUGAUUCGAUCGUCGCCGAAAGACCAGGCCCUGAUCGUCGCGGCCGCGGUAACGUUGACCGAAGCGACUCUAGCCGCCGACCAGCUCGCCAAGGUCGGAAUAAACGUGCGUAUCGUCGACCCCUUCACAAUAAAACCGAUCGACGCAGCGACGAUAAUAAAGAACGCCAGGGAGGUGAACGGCAGGAUCGUCACGGUCGAGGAUCACUAUCCGGAGGGCGGUCUGGGCGACGCUGUGCUCGCCGCUGUCGCUGCCGAGCGAGAUAUCGUCGUUAAGAAAUUGGCGAUUCCCGUUGUCCCGCGGUCCGGUCCGUCCGCGGUUCUGAUCGACCUGUACGGAAUCGGUGCUCGCGGCAUCGUCGCCGCCGUCAACGAGAUUCUCAAGUUGUAAGGGCGAAGGGCGAAGGGCGAAGGGCGAAGGGCGGAGGGCGAACCCGACGACCGAGAGGCGGGGUCUCGCCCGGAGAGAAGAGAACGUGGACUCGUGUCCACGAUUAUGUUCAUCUACUCGUUGUUAGCCAUGGAUUUACCGGUCUAUCGUGUAUAUUGUGUGUAGUUUGCAUCGAAUAAUAGAUGAUAUUCUUGUAAAGUU